CUAAUGGUGUAAUAAAUGCGAGUGGAGUCUUGUUUUAGUGUGUGUUUUGUCUUUUUUUAUAGACUUUCAGACUGCAGUAUCACUGAAGAAGGUUAUAAAGCUCUGGCUUCAGCUCUGAGAUCAAACCCUUCACACCUGAUAGAGCUGGAUCUCACAGGAAAUGAUCCUGGACAAUCAGGAGUGAAGGAGCUCAGUGAUUUACUACAGGAUCCAAACUGUCAACUCAAGACACUGAGGUUUUUGGGUCCUGCUGCAGAUGAAGCCUGUCAGUAUGUGACUGGAAUUGUGGGUAAAAACCCGUUACUCCUGAGAGAACUGAAUCUGAGUGAACAUGAACUAGGAGACACACGAGUGAAUCAGAUCGCUGCUCUACUGCAGGAUAAACACUGUCAACUCAACACACUGAACCUGUGUGAUUGCGUAAUUACAGAGAAACAGUGUCUCAUCCUGACUUCAGCUCUGAAAUCAAACCCAUCACACCUGAGAGAACUGGAUCUGAGCUGGAAUCAAAUAACAAACACAGGAGUGAAUCACUUAUGUGACGUACUGAAGGAUUCACACUGUAAACUGGAGAGAUUGAGGUUAAGCUGCUGUGAAAUGACAGAUGAAGGUUGUUCUGCUGUGACUUCAGCUCUGAAAUCAAACCCAUCACACCUGAGAGAACUGAACCUGAGCUGGAAUAAACUAGGAGACUCUGGAGUGAAAAACCUCAGUGAUCUACUGAUGAACACACAAUUCAAGCUGGAGAAACUAGAUCUGUGUGGAUGCAGUAUUACAGAGAAACAGUGUCUCAUCCUGACUUCAGCUCUGAAAUCAAACCCAUCACACCUGAGAGAACUGAACCUGAGUGUGAAUCAAAUAAAAAACACAGGAGUGAAUCACUUAUGUGACGUACUGAAGGAUUCACACUGUAAACUGGAGAGAUUGAGACUUUCAGACUGCAGUAUCACUGAAGAAGGUUAUAAAGUUCUGGCUUCAGCUCUGAGAUCAAACCCUUCACACCUGAUAGAGCUGGAUCUCACAGGAAAUGAUCCUGGACAUUUCCAGGAUCCAGGAGUGAAGGAGCUCAAUGAUUUACUACAGGAUCCAAACUGUCAACUUAAGACACUGAGGUUUUUGGGUCCUGCUGCAGAUGAAGCCUGUCAGUAUGUGACUGGAAUUGUGGGUAAAAACCCGUUACUCCUGAGAGAACUGAAUCUGAGUGAACAUGAACUAGGAGACACACGAGUGAAUCAGAUCGCUGCUCUACUGCAGGAUAAACACUGUCGACUCAACACACUGAAUCUGUGUUUAUGCAGUAUUACAGAGAAACAGUGUCUCAUCCUGACUUCAGCUCUGAAAUCAAACCCAUCACACCUGAGAGAACUGAACCUGAGCUGGAAUAAACUAGGAGACUCUGGAGUGAAAAACCUCAGUGAUCUACUGAUGAACACACAAUUCAAGCUGGAGAAACUAGUUCUUCAUUCCUGUGGAAUUACAGAUGUUUCUUCUUUAACUCAGUCUUUGACAAACACAAAAGCACUGCAGUUUCUAAAAGAGCUUGAUCUGAGAAACAAUAUGAUUGGAGACUCAAAGCAGCAGCUCAUUGAUGUGCUACGAGACUCAAACUGUAAACUGAGUGUAGAUACAGAUCCAUCACCAAAAGUCCCUGAUAGAGUUCAACUGCAAGAAAUACCUGUAGUUCAAUCACCAAAAGAUGAUAAAUGCUGUAUAUCAUAAUUUGAAGUGGUCUUGAGAGGAGCAGUAAACAUCAGGUGAGGAUCCACAGAAGAGCUUCACUACUGUGUCUAUGAGGAGAAAGAAAUGUGUGAUAAAUGUGUGAAUGUGAUCCAUACAGGUGAAGAGACUCAGACUUUACAAUCAAAUAAUGCAGCAUGUGUGUUAGAAACAUGUGAUAUUGAAUGAUUAAUGUUGCUUUAGUAUUCAAGUGAUCAUUUUGUUUAAUUUAAAGCUGGAACAGAGGAGGAAGAAGCUCAGAUGAGUCUGUCUGGCUCUUCAGUUUAAUAAUAUUUGUAUUAAAAUCAUCCAUAAUGAUUCAAAUGUUUCUAA